CCAUAUACGGCAUGGAUAACUGACAAUAGCGCUCUGGUCGCCGAAUUAUGGUAUCUGGCCUACUCGGAUCUGUUGGCCGUCCCUACUCCGAACAGUAGCAUUCCACAUCCCGUGGUGGAACCGGAUGGGAUGGACGAGACCCGUUCUAGUCGUUCACCACCUGCCCAUACGACGUCCGCGGCCAACCCCGCUCUGUCAUCCUCAAAACGUGUGAGUCGAGCUCGUUCCGAAUCAGCAGUGAAUAGGUCUGUUCGACAUGUCUCGAUGCGCAUUGACCCCGUGCCGACAACAACUGCCGAUCCGGUCCGAAUACGCGCUCUGUGGCACCGAAUUGAAUCGCGUCCGGACUGUUUAAUGCCAUUCCCUGUCUAUUUGUUGCGUCCCGGCCGCCAUUUCCGACAGUAUUGCGUACUGUUUGGUAGCCUACUCACGAAAUAUGCCCCAUCCCACCCGGAUUUAAUUGCCUGCAAAGCGGUGUUCACCCGAUUCGUUCAGCUGGCCCGGUCCGUGUACACGGCCUAUCGUCACGCGGAACAGAUUGUGGUGAUUCUCCAAUCCGCUCGUUCUGUCCUCCCAAUAUUCGGAUUCUUAGGUCUACUUCCCACACCACCGCAGCCGUCGACCGGUGCCGGGGCUACGGGCGAAACCGAUUUGCCCGUGCCUCGGCGUACACCGGUGACCGGAACUGAUCCCGUCCCGUGUUCACCGGAGCAAUCGGUUCAGUCGUCCACGGAUUGGCCCUCCGUGACUAAUGCGGCCGCAUUCCGAUUGCACUUGAGACGAAUGCCCAGUCUGCAUCGAGUUGGAUGGUUGAAAAAGUACUCGCGUCGUGGAUUCCAACCACGUAUGGUAUUUUUGUUCGAUGAUCGAAUGAUAUUUGCCAGUCGAAUCCGGGGCACACCGUUCCUGUUCCUAAAAAUCCAUGGGAUCAUCUCACUCAAUUGUGCUUAUGUGGUCAAGGAAAGUUUGUCCAGUUCGGAUAAUCCGAAAACGGACAAUGAUGACACUGCCACAUUUGCCGUGGUGGCCGUGGUUGAUGCUGUUCCCGCUUACACGGAUGAAACGGCACCUGCGGCUAGUUCGCCCAACUCCCGCGGUCGAUCAGCAGCUCAGACCCCGAGCGGCAUUUUGCGCAGUCGAUCGCGUUCAAAAUCGUGUGCACGACGUCGACUUCGUCGCAAAUUGUUAUUCUGUGCCGCCGACGAGACAUCACGGGAUGCUUGGCCCGAACCUCGUGCAUCUAGCCGAGCCGGUAGUUCCCUUUCCGUUCACCUCGCACAUUCCCUGACGCGAACACCCGCUGCGGUCGAAGUACCAGCGUGUUUGACAGAUGCACUCCUCACGGUCUGUUGGCAUCGACACUUGGGUGUCACACAUACGCAGCUGUUGAAUGCAAACGAUUGUGAAAUGAGUAGCUUUUUACUUCGUAAAUUCAAGCAUGGUACCGGCUGGCAGAAGUUGUGGGCCGUCCUGUCAGAUCUGUCUCUUCUGUUCUAUAAAACACCGGAGGAUACACAGCCUCUAGCUCGAUUGGCUCUCCUCGGCUACUCCGUCGAAUUAUUGGAUAACACUGCCCCAGUCACCAUUUCGAACGGCCCGUCAGGCAGCGCAGCAAAACGUACUGGCUCGGGGAAACUAUCCACUUCGGUGCUGCAACUUUCACAUGGAUCUAAACAGUAUCAACUUCGAGCCGAGACACAGGAGAUCUUGAUGAGUCAUAUGUUUCAUUUCUCAUUUGAAUCUGUCCCUCUUGAUUGGAUUAUUCCUUCCCCUGGUCGGUUGGUCGAAUGGUUUUGGUGUUUUGCCGUUGAACUACUGUUCACGUUCUUUUCUACUCCAAAGUUUUGA